AUGGAAGCAGGCUCCACCCCUAGGAUCAAGGUGUAUAGUGCCUGGGAUCAGGUGGAGGAGACAGACCAGGUGGAGGAGGAGGAGGAGGAGGAGAAGGUGGGUUCAGCUUCAGAAGACCAUAUGAUGAACCUCAAGGCCCUGGCGCAGAAGCUGAGGCUGGAAACACAGAGGCUGUCCUACCUCGAGUGGAAGGCCCGUUUAGAGGCCCAUAGCACCAAAACCCUGAUUGUACCACAGCAGAGCACCAGGGACUUAGUGGAGCCAGAAGAGCAAUGGGUAGUGCCCCAGAGUGAGGGCAGGUCAGACAGUGAGAGCACCAAACGUCUGGCUGAACCACAGCUACAGCAGGAGCUCCACGCAGAGCAACAAGAGGAGCAGGAGAAGGCCAAACGACAACCGGGGGAGCCCAGAGAGAGCCUCCUGACCUCAGGUUUGACCUGGCAGCACAGCCUGCCCUCUGGAGUGCCGAGGAGACUUAAGAACAUCGAUGAGGCUGUGGGGUGGCUCAGGAAAGAACUGAAUGAAAUGCCUCUCCAGGACCAGCAGUUGGCCCAUCAGCUGAUGCGUCUCCAUAGCGACAUCAACAAACUGAAGAUCGAGCAGACGUGUCACCAGCACCGCCGCAUGCUCAACGAUGCCACCUACGGGCUGGAGGAGAGAGAUGAGUUGAGCGACCUGCUCUUUGACUCCCCCGUCACCCCCGGGUUCGGACUCUCCACCCCGCUGAGACUCAUAGGGGUCACCAAGAUGAACAUAAACUCUCGACGCUUUUCCCUCUGCUAGAAGGAGAGAGAGAGAGAGAGAUGCUAGCCACAUCUCUGAUAGUAGUGCCAGAUUAGGAUGGCAAUAUUCCGGAAGCUUUCCUAACAUUUUAUUUUCUUCUGAUACUGGAAAUCUACAAACCAGGAUUGUUUUCUAUGUCAGUGGGAGGAGCAUAUCGUUUGUUUUCUAUGUUAGUGGGAGGAGCAUAUAGUUUGUUUUCUAUGUUAGUGGGAGGAGCAUAUAGUUUGUUUACUAUGUCAGUGGGAGGAGCAUAUAGUUUGUUUUCUAUGUCAGUGGGAGGAGCAUAUAGUUUGUUUUCUAUGUCAGUGGGAGGAGCAUGUGGAUGGUUUCCAGAAAUCAUAUCAGAUGAUGUAAAUCCCCCCAACAGAAGCAGCUACAAAUCCUCCUCUUAACAUCAGCCUUAACAAGGCUUUUCCUGAAACUGAACUUGACUAUUAGAUAUGAUGGCACUUUUAAAACAUUCUGAUCCGGUCCUAGGCCGGGAUUCCACAUUCUGAUCCGGUCCUAGGCCGGGGUUCCACAUUCUGAUCCGGUCCUAGGCCGGGAUUCCACAUUCUGAUCCGGUCCUAGGCCGGGAUUCCACAUUCUGAUCCGGUCCUAGGCCGGGAUUCCACAUUCUGAUCCGGUCCUAGGCCGGGAUUCCACAUUCUGAUCCGGUCCUAGGCCGGGGUUCCACAUUCUGAUCCGGUCCUAGGCCGGGGUUCCACAUUCUGAUCCGGUCCUAGGCCGGGAUUCCACAUUCUGAUCCGGUCCUAGGCCGGGGUUCCACAUUCUGAUCCGGUCCUAGGCCGGGAUUCCACAUUCUGAUCCGGUCCUAGGCCGGGAUUCCACAUUCUGAUCCGGUCCUAGGCCGGGGUUCCACAUUCUGAUCCGGUCCUAGGCCGGGAUUCCACAUUUCUUUUUUUCCUUCUUUUUUUUUACCCCUUUUUCUCCCCAAUUUUCGUGGUAUCCAAUUGUUGUAGUAGCUACUAUCUUGUCUCAUCGCUACAACUCCCGUACGGGCUCUGGA